AUGGAAGAAAGGCACGAACCCAGAUUUAAACAGCGUAUGCUGGAAUUGACGGACACAAACAACAUAGCGUACUUGUUUCUGUCUGCUGCCAACAGAUGGCUGGAGGUCAGGACGGAUUAUCUGGGGGCCUUCAUUGUUCUCACUGCAGCUCUCGCCUCCAUUUCUAAGAGCCCCAUGUCUGGCUUUGUAGGCUUGGGCCUCCUCUAUGCAUUGACGAUCUCAAAUUAUUUGAACUGGGUGGUGAGAAAUCUGGCGGACCUUGAAGUGCAAAUGGGCGCCGUGAAGAAAGUGAACAGUUUUCUCAACAUGGAGUCUGAGAAUUAUGAAGGCACCAUGGAUAUUUCUCAGGUCCCCAAAGAUUGGCCCCAGGAAGGAGAAAUCAAGAUUGAAAAUCUGUGUGUCCGAUACGAAAACAACCUGAAGCCAGUUCUCAAGCAUGUCAAAGCUUACAUCAAACCAGGCCAGAAGGUUGGGAUCUGCGGUCGCACCGGCAGUGGGAAGUCUUCGUUGUCCCUGGCUUUCUUCAGAAUGGUAGACAUAUUUGAUGGGAGAAUAAUUAUUGAUGGCAUUGACAUUUCAAAGCUGCCACUCGAUAUGCUGCGCUCCAGACUGUCCAUCAUCCUCCAGGAUCCCAUCUUAUUCAGUGGCUCCAUUCGCUUUAAUCUGGAUCCAGAGUGCAAAUGUACGGAUGAUGUGCUUUGGGAAGCUCUAGAGAUUGCCCAGCUGAAGAACAUGGUCAAGUCCUUGCCAGGAGGUUUAGACGCUGUGGUAACAGAAGGUGGAGAGAACUUUAGUGUUGGUCAGCGCCAGCUUUUCUGCCUGGCCAGGGCGUUUGUGCGCAAGAGCAGCAUCCUCAUCAUGGAUGAAGCUACAGCUUCCAUUGAUAUGGCCACGGAAAACAUCCUGCAGAAGGUCGUCAUGACUGCCUUUGCUGAUCGAACGGUAGUAAUAAUAGCUCACCGGGUCCACACCAUCCUGACAGCAGAUCUGGUCAUGGUGAUGAAACGAGGGGUCAUUUUGGAGAACGACACCCCCGAAAAUCUCCUGGCUCAAGAAGAUAGCAUUUUUGCAUCUUUCGUUCGGGCUGACAUGUGAAAGAGGCACUCAGUUGCAUGCGGUUGGCUUUUUAAUGCCUGAUUUUUCAAUAAAGGGGGGGGAAUAUAUUUUCUAUAUACUGUAGUAUCACAGAAAACUUUGGAAGGUUUUUUUUCCAUCUGUAACUUUUAUAAAACUGAACUGCAUUAUCUAUGCUUUAAAGAAAUAAAUUUUUCUUCACAAAA